GGUGGUGGUGGCUGUUACAAGGUGCCCAGCUAUUGCACCCAGAAUCCUGUACCCAACAUACCGGAGAACAACCAGGUGCGUCUGCUGACCUACCGAGGCGCCCGUCUGGCUGCCUUCACGGUUGAGGGCAGGGAGUUAAUCUGUCUGCCGCAGGCCUUUGAACUCUUUCUCAAACACCUUGUCGGUGGGCUGCAUACAGUCUACACGAAGCUGAAGCGUCUGGAGAUUGUGCCGGUGGUGUGCAAUGUGGAACAGGUCCGCAUCCUCCGUGGACUGGGAGCCAUUCAACCGGGCGUGAAUCGCUGCAAACUCAUCGCACCCCUGGAGUUCGAUGUGCUCUACGCUGACUGUACCACCUCCAGUGCUGCUUAG